AUGGCGGCUUCUUCAACGUCACAACCAACGCAACCAUCACCCCGUUCCUACGACUACAUCAUCGUAGGCGGCGGGGUGGCCGGCCUAACGCUGGCAUCGCGGUUAUCGAAACUGCUCAGCUCAGCAAACAGCGACAACGCCGACACCACCAGCCCAAACAUCAACACUAACACAAACACUGCCAAACGGAUUCUCGUCCUAGAAGCCGGCACCGACCCAUCACAAACCGACUACAUCGUCUCAGCGACAGGAUACAACCAAGCCAAGGAGUCCGAAUACGCAUACAUUCUGGACGUGGAGCCGAACCCACAUCUCAACGGCCGCAGCGGCAAAGUCAGCGUCGGCAAGGCACUGGGUGGAAGUGGCGCGAUCAACGGCAGCGCGUGGACCAGGGGCCCCAAGGCCGACUACGACUACUGGGCCAAACUGGUGGGUGACGACGACUGGUCGUAUGACAAACUAUUACCAUUCUUUCAAAGGUUGGAACAUAUUGUCGAAAACUCAACAGAACAGCAGAGAGACGAACUCCAUCAUGGAUACGAUGGAAUCUUCAAGGUCGUGCCGAUCAGAGCAAACCACCCUAAGCGACAUUACCCUCUUCGAGAAACGAUCCAGAAGGCGUGGGAAGAGGCCGGAGUUCCGUAUAAGCCGGACGGCAAUAAUGGCAACCAAAACGGCUUGACGGAAAUGGUUGAGCUGUGGGUGGACGGCAAACGUCAAUUACCCAGUCAAGUGCUUGAUCUUUCGCGUGUCGAGAUCCGUCUGUCGACUCGUGUGCGGCGCGUCAUACUCGACACCUCGGUGGCAGGGGAGCCCGUGGCAACUGGCGUCGAGCUCGUAAGCGGCGAGCGUCUUCCUGCGAAUAAAGAAGUCAUUCUCUGUGCUGGUGUCUACCAUAGUCCGCAGAUCCUGAUGCUCUCGGGAAUUGGUGACCUUGCGGUCUUGCAACAACAUGGCAUCCAGACAAUCGUUCCAAAUGUCGAAGUUGGCAAGAAUCUCGUAGACCAUCUAGCCAUCGGUAUGACUUGGAAACUGAAGCAUCCUGAGAAAGGGCUGGCGUUCGGAUCGCCUUUGUUGACUGAUCCGUCGUAUUUUGCCGGCUGGCCCUUGGACUUUAUGGAGUUCGGCCAGUUGGACGAACCCGACAAAUUGGUUCCUUUGAUCAAAAGCGCUGAAGAGCGAGAUUUCUUGCUUCGUCCAGGCACCUCGCACAUGGAAAUCGUCACUUUGUACGCCCCCAUGGGUGCAAAGUUCGUGGGCAUCGACGCCGCCAUGGAUGGAAGCCAUCUGAGUUCAAUUGCCGUGUGUUUGGCUACCACGUCCAAAGGAAGCGUGACCAUCCGCUCUGCCAAUCCGGAAGAUCCACCUGUCAUCGAUACGAAUUCCAACGCCACAGAAACAGACCGAUAUAUUUCGCGCGAGGCUCUGCGGAAAGUGGCAUCUGUUUAUCUUGAGACCGAGACUGGAAAGUCUCUCAUUUCGCAUGAGGUCACCCCGCCUGGUUACGCGGCAAUCACACAUGAUACCCCGGAUGGAGAAAUCGACAAGAGAAUUCGAGAUUUCGGGUACAGCUUGGAUCAUCCUAUGGGGACUUGUUCCAUGGGCAAGGUCGUCGAUAGUCAUUGUCGGGUCAAAGGUGUCAAAGGGCUUAGAGUUGUCGAUGGAAGCGUGAUUCCCCUUCCGCUCGCAUGUCACAUCCAAGUAGCUGUGUAUGCGAUCGCUGAAAGAGUGGCCGAGUGGGUAGCAAGAGGGGAGUAG